AUGGCUGAAAGCCACAUAGUAGCCGACAUUUGCGAGAUCGUCGAACAUCGGUCAGAGCGCAUGACUCAGCUCGAGCUCUUGCACACUUUCCACAGUCACAUAUGCACCCCAUUCAAAGUCCCACAAAACCAAAAUGUCGAGGCUGUGUGGCUAUCUGAUGUGCCUAGGAUUGCCUUUAAGAAUGAAAACCUUUUAUACGCCAUGUUUGCUAUCUCAGCAACGUUUGUGCUACGUUCACAGCCCUUGAAUAUGGAUAUGCAGAUGCGACGCGAUAGAUAUCUAGCUCUAAAUCUGCACUGGCAGCGAAAGGCUAUCGAUGAGCUGAGUGAACUAAAUGCGGACGCUGUCUCAUUUACGGCGUUGUUGAUCCAGAUAAACUCAUUCGCUAUGAUGCACGAACGGAUCAACCCUCUAUGUGGCUAUGAAGCCGUUGUUGAGUGGCUCAAAACAGGUCCUGGUUCAGGGCAAAUCUUUGCGAUGGCUGCCACUGUGGUGAGACAAAACCCUGAUAGCAAAUUCAAGGCACUCAUGAACGCGAAACCCGCUUAUGAUCCUAACAUCGAGCAUCAUUUUCGCCAUCCUAUUCCGCCUCAGUCACGAGGUCUCCUAGAUGGCCACCUCGCCCAGGUCGAAGGACUUACGUCUGACACACGGGAAGUCUACGAGAAGACCUUGCGCUACCUAGGAACAAUUAACGAGUCCAUCAUCGAACAAAAGCCCAGUUUCUAUGCAGCGCGGCAAAUCCAAGGAUUUUCAUUGCUCAUUCCAAAGGUCUUUGUUGAGUUCGUUGAGGAGCGCCGCCCGCUUGCCUUGGUCAUUCUCGCCCACUUCUUUGCCAUGAUUGCACUGGUGCAAGAUCCGCCGUGGUGGGUCGGGGAUGCUGCUGUAAAGGCGAUCAGAGCUCUUUCGGAGGCACUCAAUGCUGGUGGUGAAACCAUGCCACAAGAAAUGGAGUGGCCGUGCAGCGUUGUUAGGAAUAAAGGGCCACACUGA